UCUCAUCUAAAACAAUGUGAACACCUCAAAAUGCAUCUAGAAGGUAUAAAGUCAAUAACCAACAACUUUGCUAACGAAAAUUACAUUGGGAUGGGAGGAUUCGGGAGUGUGUAUAAGGGAGAGAUUGUCCAUUCUACCGGGCAGAUAAUGGUUGCUGUGAAGCGUUUAGAUCGUGUAUUUGGGCAAGGAGAUCCAGAAUUUUGGAAGGAGAUCAUGACACUGUCUCUUUACAAACAUGAAAAUAUUAUCUCUCUCUUAGGGUAUUGUGAUGAUAAUGGCGAGAAGAUCCUUGUUUACGAGUAUGCACAUAAUGGUAGCCUUGACAUGUAUCUCAAUAAUACUGAGCUAACAUGGAUUCAACGCCUAGAGAUUUGCAUCGGAGCGGCUCAUGGACUUGCAUACCUUCAUAAUUCAGUUGGAACCCAUCAAAGGGUAUUGCACCGCGAUAUCAAAAGUUCCAACAUCCUUCUAGAUGAAAACUGGAAGGCCAAAAUCUCAGAUUUUGGCCUAUCCAAAUUUGGUCCCGUCAAUAAAAAAUAUUCAUUUCUUUACACCAGCGCCGUAGGUACUAUUGGUUAUUGUGACCCACUCUACAUAGAGACGGGGUUAUUAACAAAAGAGUCUGAUGUUUAUUCUUUUGGUGUCAUGUUAUUUGAAGUAUUAUGCGGGAGGUUGUGCAUGGACAAUAACAACGCUAAGCAUCGACCUUUAAUAGGAUUGGCACGUCAAUCCUAUGAACAAAAUACGAUAGAUGAUAUUGUUUUUGAUAGAAUUAAGGAUGAAGUAGAUCCCGAGGCUUUGAAGGUUUUUACGACAAUCUCUUAUCAAUGUUUGAAUAGUGACCGUGAACAACGUCCAUUAGUGACCGACAUUGUGAGCGCACUUGAAACUGCACUUCAGUGUCAAUUAAACAAGCUGGAGCUUGCUAUUUUUAGGUCUGGUGACUUCCGACCCCUCGGUCGGAAAUCUCAAGCUUCGCCACUACUAUCAUGCCAAACAAGGAAAAGUUGCUGCUUCAAGCAAAUAUUAGUAUCAAAAAUUAUCUCAAUAGAGCCAUAAAUAAGUAGGUUGCAUGAUGUGGCCAAGUAUGCUUUUCUCAGUCCCAUUCUUAUACAACAGCUUCAGCAAUCAUUUUACAGUAGUAUAAAGGGGCUAUCUUAGCACAUACACCCUUUACACCAUGUGUAGUCAUAAAGCCCCAUAGGGGGCGUUAUGCGACAAGUGGUGAAAAACGUAAAAGAGGGGCUUUAUGGGGCUUUAUAUGACAAGAGGGUGUAGUGUGGUUAUAUAUGUAUGGGGCUUUAUAUAUGUAUGUAUAUCUAUGUGUGUGAGUUAGUAUAUGAAAUAAUCCCCCCUCACGCCGCUAUGAUUUUCACGGGAGAAGGAAAAAACACCCAUAGCGCCCGCCGUAGUGGUGUUGGCGGCGCUAUGAGGGCGUCAUAUACCAUUUUGGCGUGAUAUAACGUGCCACUACAGGUGGCCUUAUUAGUAGGAUGCAUGUUUCUUCUUUCUAAGUAUUUUUCUGGUACUAUUUGCAGAGUAAAACAAA